AAGCCAUUCAUCUUUCCAUUAACGAAUCUCACGAUUAUUCAACACCCACCAUCAACAACGCGAAGACACCCACAACUGAAAGAAAACAGUCAAGAUGACGGUAAAUAUCAGCUCUUCAAAUGAGUGGCAGCGUAUCCUGGGGUCUUCGACCAUCGUGGUCACUGACUUCUACGCCGACUGGUGCGGUCCUUGCAAAAUGAUCGCUCCCACCUUCGAAUCGCUCGCGACGAAAUACACUAAGCCCGGCAAGAUCACCUUCUGCAAGGUGAACGUCGACAACCAACAAGCUAUCGCUCAAUCCCACGGCGUACGCGCGAUGCCUACCUUCCUCAUCUUCAAGAACGGUGCCGUUAUCGAGACAAUCCAGGGCGCGAACCCACCGGGGUUGACAUCUGCCGUAGAGAAGGCUGUCAAGCUAGCCGGUACGAGUGCGCCGGGCGCAUCGUUCAAAACCCCUGGACGAACGCUCGGAGGUAGUCCAGCUUCCUCCGGCACGCCCGCGAGGCGGAGUGGACCGGCGUUCGGCGGCCGACCAUGGAGAUUCAGCCCGUUCCAUUUCUUCAGUGCCAUAUUGACUUUCUUCGGAUUAUACUUCGUGUCUCUCUUUUCGUUCGAUCCCUACAAAGCAGCCGAGAAAUCCCGAUUCAACGUCAAUGGCACCGAAGCACCACCCAAUUCUAAUCGAGCAAAUGGUGGCCAGAAAGUUGGUGGGCAGGGCGGUUCUGCUCGACCCGGUGGAGUUAGAACGUUGGCUGACCUUGGGAGUUAGAAGUGUAUGUAACUUAUGUUAAUUAUUUACGCAGUCUGUAAUUAUUCCUAUACCCUACCGAAGUUGGCUUUUCAAGAAGAAUCAUUUAAUUUAUCCUCAAGUUGCAAGGUCGCAUAAAGGUAGGUACCUAUAUAGGAUGUAGGAAGGUACCUAUCUACCCUUAUCCUCUUAUCAGCGACUUCUUUAUACGCAGUAAGACGGGUGCAUGGAUUCGCAGUGGGGUCACAUUUACAAUAGCUGUCAUUUUAGUGGAUAGAGCCACCAAGGGUUUCUUAAGCUAGCAUAUUAGCGUCUAAAUUUUCCCUAUGAAAAAAGUUGCCCAC